UGGCGACGCGCAGUCAAAAUUACUCUCGAGGUUUCCCUCACUGAAAUUUCAUUAAAAAUCGGUGCACGGUGCACUCCGUCGCAGACACGAACGAGCUGACGAGACUGACAGAUCAAAUAGGUUGUUUAUCGAAGGCAAACUAGUGCUUUUCUUCUUUUCAUUAAAAGGAAUACAUAAAACCGACAGCAAGGAACAACAGCAAAUAGGUUAGCUCAUAUGUUCCGAGGAUCGCGUGUGGCUGCAAGCACCCGUGAAUUGAAGUCUGACUGUUAUAUUCAUUCAUUACUCGGAAAAACAACGCAGAUUCGCCGACGAACCAUGGCUGAUCGACUGACACAACUCCAAGACACAAUAAAUCAACAAGCCGAGCAUUUUUGCAACAGCGUAGGUAUUCUCCAGCAGUAUUCAACCCCAAGUAAAUUUCCCGGUUUCGAUCGUGUCGGAACUCCUCAGCCACACCAAACCCAAGAAGACUACGCGUCCCUCUUCGCCACCCUGAUUGCCCGCUGUGCAAAAGAUAUCGAUACACUCAUAGAAAGUCUGCCCAGUGAAGAGUCGUCCCAAGAGCUUCAAGUCGCCAGUCUCAGUCGCUUGGAGCAAGAAAACAUUGAAGCGGGUGAGCAACUGGAGGAAGUUGUUCGUCAGGGCGAAGCGCUCCUCCAGAGAAUCCAGGCUGCUCUCCAGGAUAUUGCGCAGAGCCAACUUGAUAUGCAGAACCCGAUAACUCCGGGCACUGCUGUACUGAAUACAAACCUGACGGCUAAUAUAACGGCGAAUGUCAAUCCUACGCAGUCGUUCGUUAAGCAGGAAAAUUUUGGUAACAUCGGACUGUCGGCGACCAACAAUGCACAUUCAGACCCAUCACCCAAUUCAGUGAAUCAGUGAGCAGAGGGAUUAAAGUUCUCUGUGAUUAAAGUUCAUGAAUCCUUGUCUCAUGUUAAUGUAAAUAAAAAUGCCAUUUUUCAUUCCGGGAAGUUUAA